UCGACGUUGCAGGGGGAUAGGACAAGGUCGUCCGCUUGCAAAUCAGUCGUCCGCUUUCUAGUGAAUCCAGAGUUCUUGGUGGGCAUGCACUGCCGAUCUCGCCGCUUCUUCUCGAAAUCGAUGAUAUGUCCAUGUUCUCAAGGUGGCAGAUUUAGUCUAUAAGACUCUGUCCAUACUCAAGCAAUCAUCUUCCACAGUUUUCAAUCCACGAAACAGCAAUGGGAAAGCCGCUUAUCUAUGAAGUUUGUCAAAAACCUGCAAGCAGUUGUAUUAUAGGAAUUUGUUCAGCAAUUUGGUUCUUUAUUCAAAAGAAAAACAUUGGAUACUCUCAGGUGGGAUUGAGUUAUGAUUCUGCCAUUGAAGGGCAAUACUGGAGGGUUAUUACAUCUGCUUUCUCACAUGUCAGUGUGCUUCAUCUUGUCUUCAACAUGAACGCGCUUUGGAGCCUUGGAGUUGUAGAGCAGUUGGGACACAUUGGUCUUGGUGUAGAGUUCUAUCUCAUGUAUACUUUGGUUUUAUUGAUUUUAUCCGGGCUUCUGGUUUUAGGGGCAUAUCAUAUUCUGAUUCAGAAGUUUAAGCUGGAGUAUUUCAGGAGAGUGACUGCUGUUGGCUAUUCAUGUGUUGUGUUUGGGUGGAUGACCAUACUUGCAGUGAAGCAGCCUUCAACGAAAUUAAAUCUCUUUGGAGUACUGUCACUGCCGAUAAGCUUUGCCCCUUUUGAGUCAUUGAUCUUCACGUCCAUUAUCGUUCCACAAGCGAGUUUUGUUGGUCAUUUAUCUGGAAUUAUUGUUGGUUAUUCUAUUGGAUGGGGUUUGAUUCAGGGAAUGAAUAAUUAUUGGGCAGUCACAAUGCUUGGGUGGAUUAUUUUUGUCUUCAUAUUUAGUCUGAAGCGUUCAGGUACUGUUGAUUUCAGCUUUAUUGAGAUUGAAUCUGUAACAGAUUCCAACCUACCAACCAUAGGUUUUGUUGCUUCUGGAAAUAAUAGAACAAUACAUAUGGGAGAACACUCUAGAAGAGUUGCAGAACUUGUAUGACUGUAAAAUGUAAAAAAUGACAGUCCCAAAUUGGAAUUCAUUAUUCAUUAUCGUAUUCUAUUGAUAUCCACUCAAGAUAGGAGUUGCGGUACGUCAUUCAUUCAAUGCUCAAAUCCUCAAGAACCUGGAAAUUUUUGCUUGUAUGCGGUGCCUUUUUUUUCCCUCAAAUAGAACAAUUAUUCAGUGGAUGGACGACUUCUUUAGUCUGUUAGAUUAUUCUUGGCUGUCCAAAUUGCUAUCCUUAUUUUAUAGGCUUGAGGAGUAUAAGUUGUCUUCUAUUUACAAGAAUGAAACUGAAGCUUAGAUAUCUUCUUACCUUGCCUUUAAAACUCACAUGUUUUGAUUUUUUACCUUGUGAAUUUUAUCUAUAUAUGUCUGCUAAAUUUUAAUAUUUGAUAAAAGCAAGGCAUUUGUAGAAA